UCAACUGCAUGUCGAUAAUACAGAUUUCUAUGGCAUGAACCGUGGCAUGCACGUGGGUCGUGCAUUGGUUGUUUCCUAUACUUUACAAGUGUUUAUUAUUAAAUUUAAUUGUUUUUAAAAUGAGUGUUGAAGAAAAUUCGUUUCUGGACCAUGAUAAGGACCAGGCAGAAAUUCGUGCAGAAUUGGCUAAUAUGAGUUUCGAGGAUUUACAAAAAUUAAAAGAAAAACUUGGCACGAAGGUGUACAAUGAAACAAUAUUUGGUCCUCGGAAAAAAAAGAUAGUACCUUUCAAAAGAGAAAACAAGAACAGACCUAGAGAAAUGUCCACGAAGAAGCAGGUACCUAGACUUAGGGAAGUAAUACAAGUUAAAAAGAAUAUACCUAGAGAUCCACGUUUUGACAGUUUAUCCGGUAACUUUAACGAGAAAGCAUUUAAAAAUGCAUAUAGUUUUGUCAACGAAAUCAAAAAGAGCAACUUAGCUACUUUAAAAACCGAGUUGAAGAAGACCGAUGAUCCAAAAGAAAUCAAAAAGAUCAAAUACCUUAUUCAGCGAUUAGAAAAUCAAUUAAAAGAACAACAGAGAAUGAACAUGAAGAAAGAAAAGCAAAUUCAAGAGAGGAGAGAAAUAAUGAAUGCUAUCAAAUCUGGACAAAAACCUAUUUUCAAAAAGAAAUCCGAAAAGAAAGUCUUGGAUUUGAUAUCUAAAUAUGAAGAAUUAAAAAGUUCAGGAAAACUACAGACGCAUAUUACAAAAUUACGAAAGAAGGCUUUACGUAAAUCUAGACCGCAAAUGGAACAAACAAAAUGGAAAGUUACGGAUGCGGAAUUAUAAAUUUGUAGGUAUAUUUAUUAAAAAUUAAGAAACUAGUUCUUAAGAUUAAAUGUAUGUAUUUUUAUGAUGUACGCAUAGCAAAAAAUAUAUCAUAUAUGCAAUAA